AUGAUAAUUCAUGGCAUAUUGGAAACGACUUCCUUGUCUGAGAUAGUUCGAGUAGCAGUUCUAAAGUUCAAGGAGUCCAACGAGUUUAUAGCGAACUUCCUUCCAAAAAUUGUUGUCAGCGGUACUCGGUUCAUUGAUAUUUUGUAUAAUGUACCGCGAAUAGCAACAGCGAAAUUUGAUCUGGAGAGGUACCAGCGUACCAAGCCGACAGAGUCUUUACUGGAAAAUCUGGAAGGCAAAGUGGUUGUCGACAAACCGAAAUUCUCAGUCAUCCUCAAGGAUCAAUCGACUAAAUUUAGUUCCAAGUUUAUGCCUUCUGCUCAAGAAAGUGAUCUAAUCGACUUCGUCCAGACCCAGAAAGUGCUUACCAAGCCGAGGAGUGUUGGAGCUCAUUAUCUCAACCUUUUCGAUCAUCUACACAACUGCCUUUCGGUGGAAUUGAUGUGCCUUCGAAAUGAGGAAGGUAAGCAGUGUUAUCAAAAGACAUCAAAUUUGCACCUAUGUAGAUGGUUCACAGCAUGCAGUGCAUCAUCAUCUCCUUUACGAAACAGCAGCCCCUAUUUUCACGUGAACAGAUAUCCUUUACCCAACUACUAA